GCCUGCUUGUGCAAAUGGAAAAAAGUGAUUGGCAGCUCACUUUUGAGCAGGAACUGCAGAUGAUGCAAAUGAAAAGCAAAGUUCUCUGUGCAAAAAAUUUGGUGAAAAAGGAUUUUUUCCGGCUUCCUGAUCCAUUUGCUAAAGUGGUGGUUGACGGAUCUGGUCAGUGCCAUUCUACAGAUACUGUGAAGAAUACCCUUGAUCCAAAGUGGAAUCAGCAUUAUGACUUAUAUAUUGGGAAGUCAGACUCGAUAACAAUCAGCGUAUGGAACCACAAGAAAAUUCAUAAAAAACAAGGAGCUGGUUUUCUGGGAUGUGUAAGACUUCUUUCCAACGCUAUUAACCGCCUUAAAGACACUGGUUAUCAGAGGUUGGAUCUGUGCAAACUUGGGCCAAAUGACAAUGAUACUGUUAGAGGGCAGAUAGUAGAUAUCUCUUUUAGACUCGCUACGAAUGAACUGGAGAGUGGGAGGGGCAUGACGCCCCUAGUCUUGACUUCAAAAACAUUCUUGCCUUCGCACGAUAGGUGGAACUAUCCCACAGUGAUGGCCCCUUCCUAUGAAAAUCACCUUUCAGUAAGUCUUCAAUCCAGGGACCGGAUAGGUACAGGAGGGCAAGUUGUGGACUGCAGUAGACUAUUUGACAAUGAUUUACCUGAUGGAUGGGAAGAAAGGAGGACGGCCUCUGGAAGAAUUCAGUAUUUAAAUCAUAUUACACGAACAACACAGUGGGAGCGACCAACACGGCCAGCAUCAGAAUACUCAAGUCCAGGUCGACCUCUAAGCUGCUUUGUGGAUGAGAACACACCCCUUACAGGAAUAAAUGGUGCUACAUGUGGACAGUCCUCUGAUCCCAGGCUAGCAGAGAGAAGAGUGAGGUCUCAGAGGCACAGGAAUUAUAUGAGCAGGACCCAUCUACAUACUCCUCCAGAUUUGCCUGAAGGAUAUGAGCAAAGAACAACCCAGCAAGGGCAGGUGUAUUUCCUACAUACUCAGACUGGUGUAAGCACGUGGCAUGAUCCCCGCGUACCUAGGGAUCUUAGCAACAUCAAUUGCGAAGAGCUUGGUCCGUUGCCUCCUGGAUGGGAGAUCCGAAAUACAGCAACUGGCAGAGUUUAUUUUGUUGAUCAUAACAACAGAACAACGCAGUUCACAGAUCCACGGCUAUCGGCUAACUUGCACCUGGUUCUAAACCGUCAGAACCAACUUAAAGAUCAGCAGCAGCAACAGCAGCAGGUAGUAUCGCUUUGCCAGCUUCCGGAUGAGGCCGAAUGUCUGACUGUGCCCAGGUAUAAGCGUGACCUAGUGCAGAAACUCAAGAUUCUGAGACAGGAGCUAUCCCAGCAGCAGCCCCAAGCUGGACAUUGUCGCAUAGAAGUCUCCAGAGAAGAAAUUUUUGAGGAGUCUUACAGGCAAGUCAUGAAGAUGAGGCCUAAAGACUUGUGGAAGAGAUUAAUGAUAAAGUUUCGUGGGGAAGAAGGCCUUGAUUAUGGAGGAGUUGCCAGGGAAUGGCUCUAUUUGCUGUCUCAUGAAAUGCUGAAUCCAUAUUAUGGGCUCUUCCAGUACUCACGUGAUGACAUCUAUACACUACAGAUAAACCCAGAUUCUGCUGUUAACCCGGAACAUUUGUCCUACUUCCAUUUUGUUGGACGGAUCAUGGGGAUGGCUGUGUUUCACGGACAUUACAUUGAUGGGGGUUUCACAUUGCCUUUUUAUAAGCAGUUGCUAGGAAAGCCAAUUACAUUGGAUGACAUGGAGCUGGUUGAUCCAGAUCUUCACAACAGUUUAGUAUGGAUACUUGAGAAUGAUAUUACCGGAGUCUUGGACCAUACAUUUUGUGUGGAACAUAAUGCAUAUGGUGAAAUUAUACAGCAUGAAUUGAAACCCAAUGGCAAAAGCAUUCCUGUCACAGAGGAGAGUAAAAAGGAAUAUGUCAGGCUUUAUGUAAAUUGGCGAUUCUUACGAGGGAUUGAAGCUCAGUUUCUGGCUCUGCAGAAGGGAUUUAAUGAAGUAAUCCCACAACAUCUGCUGAAGACAUUUGAUGAGAAGGAGCUAGAGCUCAUCAUUUGUGGCCUUGGGAAGAUAGACGUUAAUGACUGGAAGGCCAAUACAAGGUUAAAACACUGCACGCCAGACAGCAACAUUGUAAAGUGGUUUUGGAAAGCUGUGGAGCUCUUUGAUGAAGAGAGGAGAGCCCGAUUACUGCAGUUUGUGACUGGGUCAUCUAGAGUACCUCUGCAGGGUUUCAAAGCGUUACAAGGUGCUGCGGGGCCAAGACUAUUCACAAUUCACCAGAUAGAUGCUAGCACAAAUAAUCUGCCAAAAGCUCACACUUGCUUCAAUCGAAUAGACAUUCCUCCUUAUGAAAGCUAUGAGAAGCUCUAUGAAAAGCUGCUAACCGCCAUUGAAGAAACAUGUGGGUUUGCUGUGGAAUGAACAUUUGCAAACUUAACUGGGAUUGUAUUUAUUCUCCAUCAAGCAGAAAAUCCUCUUCUCAGCCAUGACCCAGUAAAUGCUUGAAAUAUAGGAAACUUUCUCCCCCUUUUUCUACUUUAGGACAAUAUGAGGGAAAGGACAUUUUUUGGAGUUCUUCAUUUAAGAAAAUGUCCUGUGGCUCCUGCCAAGGAAUCAUUCAGCUGCUAUUAAAAACUAGUAUCUUGAACAGACAGAAUGCUGACUUUUCCUUCCUUUCAACAAUUAAGCAGUAUUCUUCUCUUAAAAAGACGACUACUAUUUUUGUAAAGGGUGAUCUGAUCUAUUUGCCUACCUGAUUUCUAUUCUUACAGGUCCAAGAUACAGCUGUUGGUACAAGUCAUGUUCCAGCCUACUUAAGUAAACAUGUGAUACUGAACAGCACCUAUACUGCUAUUUUUUUAAAUAAAAUAUUUUGAUUAUUCUCAUUUUUGCAUACAAUUGGCUAAACAAAUCAUAAAACCUUUUAAAUUAAGGCCACUUACAAACUGUGUUUUCUUAUGGUGAAUGAUUUAAUUCUGUGUUAUGAGUUAAACUUCAAUGUUACUUGUGUAAGGAUUGUUAUAUUUCUCAAGCAUGAAUUACAGGUUAUGGGUCCUGUUUUUCUCUUGUCAAAUUUCUUUAGCAGAAUCCUUGUCUGAGUUAAUUUGCACUGCAUUUGGUACAGUACUUUGUGGUAAAUGUGGAACCCCCUUUUUAAAAGCAUUCUAGAUAUAUAGCAUUUUUUAAAUGGCAAUUUUUGUAAAAAGUCAAUACUUGAGUUUUUUUAUUUGCUUUCCAUUUUAAAUGGAACUGCUGCAUUUUGUAAACUCCUAAAUGUGUGUUGAUAUCAACAGCCUUCUGCCAGGUUGUCAGUUCAUUUUUCAAAACACUCUGUAGAUGUCAUACCAACCAAAGUUUCUCUGUUCAGAUGCAGUGAAUUUGCAUUAUAUAUUAGUUGUUGCAAAAUCUUAUCAGGUUAAAACAUUUUUAUUUACACUGCUUGUGACAUAAGAGUUUGUGUUAGCUGCAUCUAAGAGAAAGUGAUGCAAUGGACUUAGAAAAAUUACAGAAGCUCUGCUUGUAUCUGAAAUGCAAAUAGGAUGUGAUGGGCUCUGAGUUAAAUAGCUGCCUGGGACACAUCAGAAAUCAUUGUUAUAAUGAAGGUAAAUAUAUGCAAAAUAGUUAAAAUAAAGAGGACACCUUUAGAUGAAAUAUAAUGCAGUCUUAAUUGGCAGGCUCGUGAGGAAUCCUCUAUCAAUAACUCUCUAAAUUGGUUGGGCUUGUAAUUUGGGGGCAGCUCAUAUAUGUAAGCUCUUCUUGCAAUUGUGCAUGUAUAGUUGCUGCAAAAGCUGCAGCUCCUAUUGUGGAAAUCACUGCUGGCUGUCUCUGGUACACUCUGGUUAACACUGAUGAUUCUUCAUAGUUUUAUGUACCCAUCUGUGUGGAAAGAAAAAGUGGAGCUUGCAGGCGUGAACUAGUUCUUCCUCAAAAAUACUGAGAACUUUGUUCUAGUGAAAUAUCAACACAGUUGUUCAAUUGCCCAUCUUCCCAUGCAAAAGCAAGGAAUGGUAAACAUUGCAAGGCAUACUGUAGUAAUUAUAAGUAACCAUCAAAAGCCACCACUUUUUCUGUGGAAAUGAUAAAGUGUGCCAUGUAUACAAAGACAACAAAUUGGAAACUACUCUUGCAGCCCUGCUUAUUUUGGAAGUUUUGUCUACCUGAAAAUAUUCCUUAAUAAACAAGUGUCUGAAAUUGGGAUGAGAGAAAGCAAAGAAGUUGAAGGAUAUUCACUAGAAGGUAUGUUGCCUAUUCUGUCUGAAAUCCAGCAGGUUGCAUGUUAAUUAUAAGUUUGCAUCUCAAGAUCUAGGAUCUGGAAAAAGAAGGAUGAACUAUAGCUUCUAUUAGGAGCAAGGCUGUAUUAUAACCUAUGCUACAAUGUUGUAUUGAAUUAUGGAACAAUUGCACAAAUUCAACAGCCAUAGUAAAAACGAUGGUGGUGAUAGAUGGUCUAUUUAUAUCUAUAUUGUUGAUAAUUUGGAAUAACUAGAUCAGGCUUCCUCUUCCCUUUCUCAUGGGCUGCAGUUAGUCUACAUUUACUACUCCAAGCAUGCUUGAUGGUAUAGACUUAAGGCUGAUUUGGAGUAUAAACCUAGCUCCAGCUAGGGGAUCUGCUUUGGUGCUAGGCUGGCAGAUGCUGUCCCCUCUAUCAGAGCAGCUCUAUCUACUUCAGCUGUUCUUUCAGGUUUCAGGAAUAGCACUGAAUCAUUUUCUCUCUGCUGUUGUCUUAAAUCAAGAUAUGGUAGACUACUGGUUUUCACAUCCCCUACAAAGAUUUCCAAUACAGCCUUACUUGCUGCUUAUCAGAUGUAUACUUCCUUCUCUGCAGAAUUAUCACUUGAUUCAAGAUAAAUAGUGUUGUCCUUAUCUCAUACGAGGAUACAUCUUCUUUCGCACCAGAUUGUGCUGAAUGUCAUGGCCUCCACUGAUGGCCUAUACUCUUGUAAUAUCUUGUGCUCAUCUUGUAUUAUUAUUUAAUAACAAGAUGCAACCUAGUAACUACAGAAUGACAAGAGCUGAAAGAGAAUACUUAUAUGCCUCAGUGAAGUUCAUUUUACAGGGUUUUGAUAAGGCAAAUUGAAAGCAGCUUAAUUCCAUAGCUUUAGUUUGAGAGUAACUUCAUUGUUGUCCUUAUUUAAAUGCGUUCUAAAUACAUUGUGUCGAGAGAUCCUUCCAUCAUUAUGGGGCUAACUUUGUGAAAUCUGAUUCUUAGUAUUUGGCAAAAUAAAAGCAUUUCUUCAUAAUGCUUCAACUGCUUCACUGAGCAGACUGAUGCAAAUUGAAUAUCGGGUCUUCUGAGUGCCUUCUUAUCUGCAAAACCAUUAAAAGCUUUAAAACACACAACCUACCAGAAGCUUCUUUAGACCCAUGCGAGUGUCAUUCCAUGGUCAUGGCCACUUUUCCCAUCAACAAGUGCUAAAUCCAGUAUUGCGUAGGUCUUUUGGAUUUUCACCCCAUAUUUAAAUGUGAAUAUUUAUUUCCAGCUUGGCCCUCUUCCUACAUGAUUUCUUCAUCCACUCUAAAUUUGAAUUAAAUGGUUAAGAGAGAUGUCACCUCACAUUUCUGAGCUUUCUUUGCAUGAAUGAAUGUUUUUAAAUAGUGACUAUUUUGUAGGGUUCAAAUACACAGUACUCAGUUGCAUUUCAGAUUUCAUUUCUAGGUGUAAAGUUUUCUAAUGGUGCUUUGUACAGUAUGUAUUCUAUUUUUUUGCACAUAGGUUCAGUUUCCCUAAACCAAUUUUAUUUUUACCAAAAUUUUAUUUUGUGCUAGACUCCAGAGCACACAGGAUGUUUUCUCCACAACACUACAUCUGUUAAACUUCUGGUGCAUUUAAACUGGCUGCAUUAAUGGAAGUAGAGCUUUGCUUCUAUAUCCUACAUUGGAAUGUAGCAUUACCCCAUUGCUUCAGACUGUAAACUGCACCAUAUAGUUAACAGGUGCAAUUUGUACUUAACACACUCUUUAUUAGAUUUCUGACUCUGCCAAAUUCUAAGAGCUUUGUCUAUAGCUAAAACUAGCCUAUAUUUGGUAUGAUUUUUCCUUCUUCCACAGACUGUGGUGGGUUUUCUUUAGUUGCAUUUCUAUUGUAUUUAUUGCAGAGUGUUUUUUAGCAUUGAUAUUCAUUGUAUUUUCACCAAGCUCUUACAUGAGCUUUAACAACACAUUUGUAUAAAAUGUUUUUUUAAAGUAUGUACCCAUGCAGAAGUUGAGCAAUAAAAUUGUAUGCUGUUUGCACUGUCACAGCAUCAAUGGUUUUAAAA